GCUCCGUCGCGGCAACACGUCGCUUAUUAAAAUCCAUCUAAAAUACCGUUCGCAAGUGAUAUCCAUAUAUAUAUACAUAAAUACAUACAAGAAAAACAUUAAUUUAAAUAAAUAAAUAAAUAAAACUAAAUGAAACACAAAGUAAAUAACUUAUUUCUGAUAACAAAAUCUAACAAUUCAAUCGACAACUAAGCAAAAUACAAAAUAAUAAGAUCGAUUUUCUUAAAUAAUAAUUUCAAGUUUGAGUUUGCCCAUCAUUGUUGCUAUUCUGUGUUCAAUUUUACGCGAAGCUAUGUGUAUUUAAUAAUAUCGCGUAUCAAAUGUGAAGGUGCGAAAUAAAAAAAAAAGCGAAACAUAAAAGUAAAAUAAGAAAUAAAAUCGUGAGACCCAAGACCCAGUCAGUAUAAAGAAAGAGAAACAGAGAGCUACCAAGAAAGAUAAAAGUAAGAAAGAGAGGACGACGACCGAAACGAAAGAACGAGACAAAAAGAGAAAAUACACUCAAACUCACAAACGACAUAUAUAUGAAAAAAAAACGUUCGACAUUUAGACACAGAACGUAACGUAAUCUGAAAAUUGAACACAGAAACUGAAAUUAUUAUUUUCUCGAUUAAAUCGAAUUUAUUAUUUUAUAGUCAGUUUAUAGUAAACAAGUAAAAAAAAACAAACGAAACAAAUUAACCAACAACGGCAAUAAAUCGAGAGAACACGCAGUUUAAAACAAAGCAAAAAAUAAGGUACGAAAGAGAACGUAAAGUUUAUCAAUUGAUACAAAGUUUUUGAAUGUAAGAGUUGAAAAGAAGCAACAACAACAACCACCACCGAACAAAAAAAAAGUUUAGAGAAUUGCUACGCAUACACGAGAUCCAGACGAAAUUUUUCGUAGUAUAUACAGCAAAAGCUGAAGAAAGACAGAAAAAAACGUCAAAUUCCAUCGGUAAAAUAGAUAAAAAAGAAAAGUUGUUGUUUGUAAAAUUGUUUGAGAGCAAGAAAAAGAAGAGAAAAAAAGCGAUCCGAAGAAAAAUUCGGAAAGAGAAGCGAAAAAUAAUAGUUUAUUUUGUUGCAAAAUCAAAGAAGAGAAAAAAAGAGAAAAUUAAACACACGAGGCACACAAUAACACACACACUGACGAGACAGAUAAAGAGAGGGAAUCCAACCAUCGAAUCUCGAAAUCCACGAAAACAAAUCGUUUGCGUACGCGUUCGCAGUUUAUGUGUGUUGCUUUGGUUAUCACUAGCAACAAAAGAGCAUAUUUUGUGUUACAGUUACCUGUUACCUAAUUAAUAAACAAAAAAAGAAUCUUUUUUUUUUUGAAUAAGUGAAACAAGAAACAAUACGAUUGAUAUUGAGAGCAAAAUAAAAUAAAACGUAAAGUAAAAAAAAGAGAAAGAAAAAAAUAUUAUAAUAACUUGAAAGAAAUUCAACAUCAACACUACAAAAAAAUCAUAUUGCAAUCAACGAAGAAUUUGAAUCAGGAGCAGCAGCGGGCGCAGCAGCCAGCGGUGCAUAUUCGCGGUGGUGUUUAAAAAAAAUAAUAAUUGUUCGGUUUUUAAUUUCGGCAAAAUGGCCGCUCUCUGUACGGGCAUUUCGUACGGACUGUCACAGAGUUGCCUGAGAAACGAAAAUAAGGAAUUAAUUUUUGUGAAAUUGACUGACUCAGCGUAUCGUGCAAUCGAGGAAUACCAGAAAAAUCAAAAUAAACUUAGUUCACAUGCAACAAUACAAUUUUUGGGACAUGAUGGGUACCUGUCAUUUCCAUCGCUGUCGAAGUCGGGUGGACAAAAAUUUAGUUUUACGGUUACAAAAACCGAAGAAUUGCAAGGCUCAUUUGAAUGCAUACAACAAAAUCACAAUCAAUUGGAGGUUUUGGGUUCGCUGCCGCAAAAAAUGCGAAUACAUGCCAAUGAAGAUGUGUACGAAGCAACUAGACAUAGAAUGGCUGUGGCUGAAGAAAAUCAGAAAAAUAAAUGCACACGGGAAAUAAAACCGAAUCAAACGGAUAUUGGGCGCAAAGUGAAAGUGAAAACCUCAAUACAACGUCUUUCCAACAUUCCUACAAAUAAUAAUGCAACUUUAAACAAACGUGAUUCUUCUUCGUCUUCUUCGUCGUCUAAUUAUGUUGAUUCAUCAUCAAAUCCAAAUAGCUGGAUUCAGUUAGAAACUAGGAAUGCCGAGGAUAGGAAUAGAAAUAUUAAUAGUAGUAAUACGAUAAAUAAUAAUUCAAUAGAAAAUCAUUUGACGGGACUAACGACGUCGAUGGUGACAUCAACAACAGCAUCACCGUCGCCCAUCAAAAACAAUUUACACCACCAUCAUAACAACAAUAUUAGCAGCCACCACAAUCACCACCAAUACAACAAUCACCAGCAAAACAACAAUAAUAACAACCAUCAUAAUAACAACAACUUUCAAAAUCGAGCGAAUAGUCGAAACAGCUCAUCGUCAAAAAGCUAUGGUCGGGGGAAUUCGGAAAUUGUGAAACGACCGAUCAAAGAAAGGCUGAUACACAUGCUAGCACUAAGACCAUAUAAAAAGCCAGAAAUUUAUUCAAAAAUAAGCAAUGAGGGUGUUAAGGAACGUGAAAGAGGGUGCAUCGGAACUAUACUGAAGUCUUUAUCAUAUAUGCGCGAUAAUACGUAUCACUUGCAUCGGCAUCUGUGGAACGAUGUGCAUGAUGAUUGGCCAUUUUAUACCGAACAAGAUCGACAAACUCUCAAAAGGAGAAAGCCAGCAAAUCUAACGCCCCCAUUAAGCUCUGACGGCUCGUCAACAUCGGGUCAGAGUCCAACAAGUACGCACAAUGGUAGUCCGCCGCCAGCUGUGAAACGGCCACCAUUAAACAGUGAUAAAUACACAUCAAGCGAAUGUCCAACGAGUAAAAAGCAAAGAAUUAGUCAUUAUCGCAAAGACAUUGUUAACCAUCAAGACACAAAUAUCGGCGCUAGGUCGAAAUACCAUGACUUUGAUGAUAACAUGGACAUGUAUCGGCGUGAUCUUGACACAAGAGAAUCUUCCAUGAGUAUGAAAUCUAGAUCACGGGAUGAGCCAUCAAUGCGCUCUAGUUUUUACGGACCAAAUGUCACACCAAAUGCUCAAGAAUCGGAGGACAGCGGUUUAAGUCUUGGUUACUCGAGCACCGAUGCAGCUAAGCGAAUGUCAUCGAGUUCGUCAUCAAUAAAUAGUGAACAAGAUCACGAUCGGGACAUUUGUGAUGAUGAUGGACGUGAUUUUCGGCGACAUGUUGACCAUGGUAGCACCCCAUCAUUGAAUAUGAUCAACGGAAGUGAUGGUCACGGAAGUGGUGGCUAUGAUUUUAGUAAAUUCACUAGAAUUACGUCAGUCGAACAACGGCGUCUAUACAAGACUGAAUUUGACAAGGACUAUGCGGAAUAUAUGCAAUUGCAUGCGGAAACCGAACGCGUUUCAAGUCGAUUUGCUCAACUUGAAGAUCUUCUACGGAAAACCGAUCACAAAAAUCCAAGAUACAAAGAAAUUCAACAGCAAAUUCUCAAAGAAUAUAAUAGCACGAUGAGCAAUUCAAUGCACCACGAAAGAAAGAAACGGUUCGAUUAUUUGCACCAUAAGCUGUCGCAUAUAAAAGGAUUGGUUAACGAAUUCGACUCAACGAUAAGAACCGGCCAAAUAAACUACUGACGAUCAAUGAGAAAGUUUAGGACAUGCAUAUUCAUGAUGUUUCAAUAAGAGGAGAUAGAAUAACAGCAGCAACAAAACCACAAUGUGAAUGGUGACAUUUUCAAUGCAAAAUAAAAUGCAAACUUAAAAAUGGCAAUCAAAGAAAUACACACACGAACAUAAAACAACAACAACAAUCGAAACAACAUCAAAGCGACAAAUUCGAAUCGGAAAACUGAUGAUAACAUAAUUGUAUCCACUCAUCUCUUGUGGCCUGAUCAAAUUCUCAACACAAACAAACAAAAAUAAAAACACUUCCAAACAUCGCCCUCCGGACUUCUGAACACAGCAAAAUACAUCAACUCAAACAAAAACCAGCAUCGGUUGGGAAAUGAGCACAUGUCAAAUAUGAUCAGCAUUUAAAUGACAUUUUAUAAAUGCUCGCGACAACACACCAACAUUUUUUUUUCUUUUCGCACCGAUGCAAUUUCACACAAAUAUUGACACCCAACACAAUACUUUCCUCCUUUCGGUAACAUACAUAUACUGUAUAGCAUACGAAUCCCCAACAACAACGAAAAACGUAUACACAUUCUUUUUGUUAACAUAAAAAAAAGAAGAAAAAAACAAUUACUCGCGGAUAAAGAAAGAAAACACAAAAAACUAACCAACCGUAAUCGUUUUCAAUUUCUUUCUUUAUUCCCAUUUUUAAGUGAGAUGAAAAAAAAAAUUUUUAAAUUGCAAGCAAUUUUUGAUCGGAGCAAAGCUAAAUGAACAAAAAAAAUUUUUUUUUUUAAUUUAAACAAUGAAAAAUCUCGUGCGAAUAAAUUCCAUUAAUGGAUUAGAUCCAGAUAUAAAAAAAUUGAUUUUUAAAACAAAUGAAUGAAACAAAAUGUUUUUUUUUUGUUGAAUAUUGGAUUUGAACAUUUAUAUUGAACAAUAUGGAAGAACCAAGAAAACGUCCACAAAAUGAAAAGCAAAAAUAUCCACAAAAAAAAGAAGUAGAAUACAUACAUUUCUGAUUUUGAAUGAGAGAAAAGUUUGCAGUGAAUAAAUUUCACUAUUCAAACUGAAAAUUAAUGCUAACACAUUUGAAAGGGAAAAUGCUUCAAUUUUCGAGAUUCAAUUUCGAUUUUUUUUUUUUUUUUUGAAAAAGAAGAUAUAAGUUUUGAAUUCAUUUGUAAAUCAUUCAAUUUGUGUACAGUUUCGUAUAUCCAGUGAACACGAAAUCAAAUAAUUUAUUGAACAAAACGAAAAAAUUUAAAAUUCCGACACACACACACACAUAAUAUAUAUUAUAAAAUUGAAAAAGUCAGUUAAACGCAGCAUGGUGAAUGUUGUACGAGAGAAAAUGAACAACAAAGUUGUGAAUGGAAUGGAAAAACUCAAUGCGUAAAAUAUAAUAGUUGUAAUUUGUACAGGAAAUACUGUGAAUUUUAGUUGAGAAAAAAGCAAAUUGUAGCAACAACGAAGCGAACAGAAGAAAUGUAUCAAUGUGUAUCGGUCAAAGUGUUGAUUUAGUUUCGUGCUGGCAACGAUGAAAUCAUGGUCAUUCGGCUUCACUUCGCAUAAAACACACACAAUUCCCUCGUAUUUAUGGUGCUUACCGUGACAUUAUGUCCACAAACUUUAUUUCUUUUUUCGUUCUUUUUUGUUAUUAUUGUCAGACAAAUAUCCAACGAAAAUGUUACCUGCCAGCAACUAUAUAUUUUCCAAAAAAGAAGAAUAUCUAUGAAAAUUCCACAGUUGAGAUCUUCGAUUAUCGAUGAAUUGAAAAAAAAAAAAAUAACAAAAUCUUCCACGACAGUCACAUUUCGAAUAAUCGAAUAGUCUGACAAUCAGUCGGCCAAAUUCAUUGUAUAGAAGAAGAGAUACGUAGAUAAUAAAUAUAGUGUUCAUUUUAAGUCUUUUUUUUAAAUAGAAAAAGAUCGAAUAUAUUUCUUUUGGUUCUCUGUUACUUCAAUUUUCAUUUCAAUAAAUAAAUAUAGAAAUUUAAUCGUAAAUUCCAUCCACAUUUAAUUUGGCCAAAAUUCCUUCCUGAAGAGAACAGAGCACAGUCCAAAUAAAAAAUAAAUUAAACAACAAUGUUGUUUUUAGAUUUAGAUUUUGUCAUUGAAUUGGAUUUUAAAUGUUUUUAAUCAAGUUUUUUCGUUUCGUUUUGAUUCGGCCUAAAAAUUGCCAGUUUUCUAACUUGCCACGAAUUUUUUUCUGUUUGUUUUAAAUUACAAAUAUUUAAUCAUGAAAAUUGAAAAAUUCAAAUGAAUAAAAGUAAAACAUUUUACGUCCGAGAGCUAAGCAAAAUCUAUUUGAUGAUGAAGAUGAAUAAGAAAAAUAGACCAUCCAAUGUCUAGUUAAACCGACUGGCAUUUUAUCAAUUGAAUCAUUUUAACAUGAAAUUUAACGAAUCACAAUUAAAGAUAGAAAGAGAGGGAGAAAAUGAAACAAAGAAAUUUGCGGAGCAAGUUUCAAAUUCCGUUCGAUGUAGUGGUAGAGACAGUGUUGAGAUACGACUAAAAUACAUUCGAAUUAUCGUAAAAUUAAGAACUUAUUUCCAUCCAUCCAGUAAAUGAUAUUCAUCCAAAAUGAGUGAAGAAAAGAAAAAAAAAAACACACACUCACACACACAAUUUUUAAACGUAAACAUUUUUGUUUUUAAAAGGAGGGGCUGAAUUGACGAUGAUGAUUCAUGAAUUGUAUAUCAAAACUUUGACACGAUCACAAUUUUAAUUGAACCAACUGGAUGAACCAAAGAGCUGAAAAUUACUCACAAUCAUUUGAUAUAGAAAAAAAAGAAGAAGAAAAUUUGAAAAAAAUGAUGUUUCAAACUCAAAAUUUAAAACUCGUCGAUAAAUAAACAUGUAUGUUGCGGGUAGUUUUCGCGAGAGAAAAAAAACGCGAAAAUGAAACACAUGUUUCUAUUUAAACAGUCAACAGCACGCAUGUAUCAAAAAAUAUUUAUACAUUCUCAUUCAGCAAAUAUGAACAUUCUCAGCACGAAAAAAAAUGUACAUAUAAAUACUUAAUCUAUUUACACUGAACAAUGAUAUUAAUUGUAGUCAACACAUGUGGUGCGUGUGCACACGCAUACGUGCAAUCCGAUCGGCAAAUACAAAACAUAGACUGAUUGAAAGAAAGAGUGAUCGACACAAUGCGCACGACCCGAUCCGAGCUCAGUGUUGAAAUGACAUUUUUUUAGCUAGUUUUUGUAUAAUUUGCCAAAUGUUUUUUUUUGCAGCUAAUCGCACCGAAUCACGUUAAAUGACCGAGCAAAACAUCACAAACGAAAACAAAUCAAACAAGAUUUUACUACAAUUUUUUUCGGAAGAGAGGGAGAGUAAAAAACAAAUUUAAAUCGGCCCAACUCACUUUUAAAAAAGAAUUUUAAAUAUUUUUCAAAAGUUACGAAAAAUGGGAGGAACAUACGAACAGAAACAAUACAAAAUAUAUUUUGCACAAAAACAGAUCCUUUUUCUAGAUCGACCAAAGAGUGAGAAUGUAAUCUAUUUGCAAAAUCCAUGUUUUAUCAAUAUACACAGAUACACACAAUUUCAUUGAAUGUUCUAUGCAAAGAUCAAUUGAAAAUCACAGUUUUGGUAACCUCGGCUCGGUUUGGUUACUGAAUAUUCAAUAGAAAAAUGUAAAUUGUAGCAAAACCACAUAAUUCAAUUUUAUUGAUUUCCCCAAAGAGACGACCGAGAAAAAUAAAAUCACACACAUCCCGAAUUAGAAAGAAAGAAAUCUUAAAAAAUAACUUAUAAAACAAUCAAAAAAACACGAACAUUUUCAACCAAAAUUGUUCACGAGAUGAAGUUGUACUUGCUCUUUGUUUUUAAAAUCAAUGUGUGAAAACCAAUUCCGCCAAAAAAAUGUUACGCGUAAAUGUAGUUUGUGGCCGCUACUCUUUUUCAUUUGCAUCAUGAAUACAAUGAAAAUCACCGAGAAUGCAAUUUUGUGCUUGCCAUUCGAUUUUUGAUUUUAGUGCUUCUUCAAUUCGAUAUAUAAAUAUAAUAAUAUGUAGAUUUACUUAUCAUUUUGUUUCAUUCAGAAAGAAAAAAAAAUUACGAAUAUUCUUCAAUUUCUGGUCGUUUCAAUGUAUAAUAAUUGCCUGUUUUUUGAAUUUUGCUUUUGUUAUUCAAAAAAGAAAAAUCUUAUUUUGCUUGUUGUCAACACAAGAAAAAUCGACUGUUUUUUUUCUUCGUUGCUAAUCAAAAGCCGAAGCAUAAUCUAAAUCAUUAUAUAUUUUUUUCUGCGUGUGAAAUCAAAAACAAACGAAAACAAAACAAGAUAAUGUGAAAUCAAACAUAUAAGUUGUAAAUAUUCGGUUAUAUUUUGUCGGGUUGUGUAAAAUCGAUGAUGAUCGAUUUAUAUAAUUGCAUUGUGAUCGAAAUGAUAUAUUAGAAAAUGAAAAUGUGCACAUGAUCUGCGUAACACAUUGUUCAGUGAUUCAAUGAUGAUUGUGUCCAUACAAGAGAGAUUUCACCGCGUUUUAUUAUACAUACUACUACUAUAUUGACCAAAAUAUUUAAAGAGACUGCACGGAUUGAUUUGUUGUUUUCGCUCAUUCAUUCAUUUUACAACAAUUUUGACUAA